CGAGCCAUCAUCGGCCGAUAGGGUCUCUAGGGUGACACGAGAGAGCUGCCAGUGACAGAGGUGGGAUUCCAUGCCGCCUCGAGGGCAAGAACGGGGAGGGCCGUCUUCUUGGUCGGGCUGAAGCCGCCGAUCGACCCGUUGGCCGGUUGUACGUCAUGGUUUACAAGACAGGAGCAGAGGGAUGGAGGGAGCGAGUCAGUGAAUCGUGAUCAGGAGGAGGAAUUGCGAUGAGAACGGCUUCGUUUCGUUGGCCGCUGGUGGCAAUGGGAGUGGAAAGCCAUCGUAAUCGGGACGAGCAGUCAUUGCAACCAAUGGGUCUAGAUUAGUAGUGAUCGAGGAACGAGACGAGGAAGUGAAUUGGCUUGAACCAGGACGAUGAUGCGCGGUGGCGUGGGCAAUGUGGUGCUUGCACCCAUCUCGGAGGUGCUGGCGAGGUUGCUCGUGCAGGCUGCGAAGACUGUGCUCGCAGCCAAAGAUGUGCUCAUCGAACGCGAGAGUUUCAAUGAGCUUUCGAGCUACCUGGAGAGGCUGAGGCCCAUCUUGGGUGAGCUGUCGGAGCGUAGUACGAAUGAUACGCCGACCAUGAGGACAGCUUUGGAGUCCAUUGAACAGCAGUUAAAGGUGGCAAAAGACCUCAUGGCUAACUGCAGCAACAAAAGCAGAUUCUAUCUGCUUAUGCGGUGUAGAACCAUCGUCAAGCAGAUUCAGGAUGUCACUCGAGAAUUAGGCCGGUGUAUAAGCAUGCUGCCUAUGGCCACUCUGGAUGUGUCGUUGGAAACUCGCCGAGAGACCGAGGAGUUGAUGAAAACCAUGGGAGAGGCUCAGUUUCAUGCAGCAGUUGCAGAGGAGGAAAUUAUUGACAAGAUCGAGAGUGGUAUUAGGGAUCGCCAAACCGAUACCGAUUAUGCAAACGACCUUCUUCUGCAGAUUGCUAAGCAUGUCGGAGUGUCGGUUGAACCUCAAGCCUUAAAACAGGAACUGAAAGAGUUCAGGAAGGAAAAGGAAGAAGCUCUACUUCGUAAGAAUCAGGCAGAGGCAGUGCAGCUGGAGCAGAUAAUUGCUUUGCUCAGCAGAGCCGACGCCGCCACUACGGCAACCGAGAAAAACGAGAUUUACAUGAAAAAGAGAGGUUUAGGUGGGGGAAGCACGCUUCCCCCACUAUUCUCCUUUUACUGUCCAAUAACAAGGGAGGUGAUGGACGAACCUGUCGAAAUAGCAUCUGGCCAAACAUUUGAGCGGACAGCAAUUUUAACUUGGUUCAAAUCUGGAAAUCGGACUUGCCCAAUUACCAAAGUCGAAUUGGAAAAUUUAGAAGUGAAGCCUAACCAAGCUCUACGUCAGUCAAUCGAAGAAUGGAGGGAAAGAAACACUGCCAUCAGCAUCUCAGCUAUAGGACCCAGACUUCGCUCCGGUAAGGAUCAGGAGGUUUCCGAUGCUUUACAAGAGCUUCACAAAUUGAGUGAAGAGAAGGCGCAGCACCGGUAUUGGAUAGCUAGUGAGAACUUGAUACCUGUCUUAGUAGAUACAUUGAAGAAUGGGAACCGCAGCGUCAGGACCCACUCCCUCGCAACGUUGAAGAGCAUUUGUGUCAACAACGAUGACAACAAGGAGGCUGUUGCAGAAGCAGGUGCGAUAGAGAUGGCUGUGAGGUCCCUUGCACGGGAUGUUGUAGAGGGCGGACAAGCAGUGGCCUUCUUGUUGGAGAUAUCCAGAAGCUCAAAAAUCUGUGAGAAAAUUGGGAAAGUUCAGGGUUGUAUCUUGCUUCUGGUAACAAUGCUCAACUGCGAAAAUCCGCACGCAGUUGAAGAUGCGAAACAGCUGCUUGAAAAUUUAUCGAACAAUGAUCAAAAUGUUGUUCAGAUGGCUGAAGCAAAUCACUUCCAGCCUUUGGCUCAGCGAUUAACUGAAGGUGCGGACAUGACGAAGAUAUUGAUGGCGAGUGCUUUGUCUAGGAUGCAACUUACAGAUCAAGGCAAGGCAGCGCUUGCCAAAAGAGGAGCGAUAUCCCCUCUAGUGAAAAUGGUUGGCACGGGAAAGCUUGAGGCGAAGACUGCUGCCCUGGGUGCUCUGCAGAAUUUGUCGACUCUUGCCGAAAACAGAGAUUACCUGAUUAAUGCCGGAGCAGUACCUCCGUUACUUCAGUUGCUGUUUUCAGUUACAUCCGUCGCCAUGAGUUUGAAGGAGACCGCUGCCGCAACUCUAGCUAACAUAGCCAAGUCCAGCACCACAGCUGAGACCAAGAUAGAUACAAAUGGCAACAUAUUAGAAUCGGACGAGACCAUUUAUCAAAUACUAUCACUUUUGAACCUUGCGGGGCCUGUGAUCCAAAGUCAUCUGCUGAGGGCGCUGUUGGGAAUGUCCACUUUGCCUGCAGCCAUUUCAGUUAGGAACAAGCUUAGAGCGGGUGGUGCCAUCCAACUUUUACUGCCAUUUUGUGAAGCAGCCGAUGUGGAAGUACGAGUUAAUGCCGUAAAUUUGCUGUACUGCAUAUCUGGGGAUGGACACGGGAAGGAAAUGUCGGAGCACUUGGGACCUACGUAUAUAGAAGCGCUUGUACAGCUUCUGAACUUUUCGACUCGGGAUGAUGAGAAGGCAGCUGCCAUGGGCAUCCUUGAGAAUCUACCUUCAUCUGACUUCCAUCUUACCCAAGUUCUGCUGGAUGCGGGGGCCUUACAUGCCAUAUGUAAUCUUCUGACCGUAAAGAACACGAACACCUCCACUAGGUUCGUUCGCAAUCAAUUGCUGGAAAACACGGCCGGUGCUCUCUUACGCUUCACUGGUGCUCACGAGGAUAAUCUCCUGAAGACAGCAGCCGAGCUAGAUGUUAUUCCCAAGCUUGUACAACUCCUGGUGGCCGGAACGCCUCUGGCGAAACAACGUGCGGCUAUGGCGUUGAGUCAGUUCGCAGAGUGCACUAGAAGGCUGACUGUUCCCAUCGCUAGUGAUCAUGCCUGCUUUUGGUUGGGAUGUAUUCCUUCCAAACUAGAGCCAGGUUGCAUUGUUCAUUCUGGGCGUUGCUCCGUCAAAGGAUCCUUCUGUUUGAUUGCAGCCGAGGCCCUGGUUCCCCUUGUACAGACUCUAGAGGAGAGGGAAGAUGGUGCAGCAGAAGCCGCUCUUGGGGCUCUGAAGACGCUGCUACUCGGUGAACAUGGCGAGAAAGGAGCUGUGGCAAUAGCAGAUGCUCAGGGAAUACUUCCCAUCAUAAGAGUAUUGACGGUCGGAACGCCAGGGGCAAAGGAGAAGGCGGUCUCGAUUUUAGAAAGGAUAUUUCGGAUAGAGAAGUACCGAGUGGCUUAUGGCAGUCAAGCCCAAAUGUCUUUGAUUGAUCUUACUCAAAAGGGUUCAAUAACAACGAGACCUGUAGCUGCCAGGAUUUUAGCUCACCUUAACGUUCUACACAAUCAAUCUACUUACUUCUAGGUGUAGUUGUAGCUGGUUUGGUCAUUGUAUUUAGCCAAUUCAUCGUGUGUACAAUACAUAUGUCUGAGUUUUCAGACCAUCAGCGUUUCGCUUUGUUGCCCUGUGCACCUCGUAGAUGAGCAUCAUAUUCCAUUUCACUCUCGGUGGAGGAGGUUGCCCUGCGUUGGGUUGCGGGUUGCUGGGUAAGACAGAAUCAUAUACGGCAUUAGCCGACCUGCAAACCAAGAAUACUCUACUGAACCUGUAGCGCUCAAUUCUUUUCUUCCCAUGGCCAAGGCGAAGAGGAAGAAAAGUGUGUCGAAUAUAUGAAGAAUGGAAAGAGAGGUGUUACGUGGCGCCGCAGCUGAACAUGGUUGACAAAAUUGGGUCAUGGGCCAUCCAUGUUGACUCAGUCAACGGGGACUCGCUUUGAAGGGAUGAAGAACUUCACGAAACAGGCUGGAUUUGAUACAGGAUAAUUUUUGGGUUGCUCGACAAUGGAGGGGAUUUACAUGCUUGUAGUUGUGUAGGUGUGAGAACCGAGAACCAUACCCGAAGACAUGAUCACAUAAAGGAUUCAAACAUAUGUCUCAUCAAAGAUGAGACAUCACGUGUGUAAACAAAGUAACCAUGUUUUGCUUGACGCCGCACGUCCUUCAAGCAACAGUUUCUUGUAAACAACGCGACUUCACGAAGUGUGUUUCUCCGACUUCUUCGUUUUGUUUUCAUCCAUCUUCCACAACUUUUGUCGCCUCUUCUUUUUUCUCUCAUCUACAUUCCUUCUCGUCCUUAACCUUUUAAAGUCAAGGCCAACUCCUCUACUUGUACUGGAAAUUGUUUCCAUUUUCAUGUAAUUCAUAUUUUUCCUUCCUCUGUUCCGUCCUCUGUUGCUUUUGAUAGGGCUCACUUUCUAGGAAUCAUGAAAGAAUUCUGAAAUGCAAUUUAAUUGCAUUUAAGAGCUCAUUCAUCAAACCUUGUG